CUCCAGGAGGCGGCGGCGACGCGCAGCGGGCGCCCCGAGGAGCCCCGGGAGGCGGGGUCAGGGCGGGCCGGCGCUCGGUUCCCGGAAGCCGCCGCCUGCGAGGCUCCCGCCGAGCGGCCCGGCGCGCCGGCACGAGCUCCAGCAUCCUCCGCCGGGAGCGCCUCCCGGAGCCGCGCACAGCGCCGCAGCCGCCCGGCCGCGCGAGUUCUCCUCCCCGGGCGAGAUGCUACCGGUGCACACCGAGGUGAAACCCAACCCGCUGCAGGACGCCAACCUCUGCUCGCGCCUGUUCUUCUGGUGGCUCAACCCGCUGUUUAGAACUGGCCACACACGGAGGUUGGAGGAAGAUGACAUGUUCUCGGUGCUUCCAGAAGACCGCUCAAAACACUUGGGAGAGGAGCUGCAAGGGUACUGGGAUAAAGAAAUUCUGAGAGCCAAGAAGGACUCGCGGAAGCCUUCCUUAACCAAGGCCAUCAUAAGGUGCUACUGGAAGUCGUACCUGGUUCUGGGGAUUUUUACGUUAAUAGAGGAAAGCACCAGAGUGGUCCAGCCCCUAUUUCUGGGGAAGAUCAUUGAGUAUUUUGAGAAGUACGACCCCAGCAACUCUGUGGCCUUGCACAUGGCUUACGGCUACGCCGCUGUGCUGUCCGUGUGCACGCUCGUCCUGGCCAUACUGCACCACUUAUACUUUUACCGCGUGCAGUGCACCGGGAUGAAGCUGAGAGUAGCCAUGUGCCACAUGAUCUACCGGAAGGCCCUUCGUUUAAGUAACACUGCCAUGGGGAAGACAACCACGGGCCAGAUCGUCAACCUGCUGUCCAACGACGUCAACAAAUUUGAUCAAGUGACAAUCUUCUUGCACUUCCUGUGGGCAGGCCCGCUGCAGGCCAUUGCCGUGACCAUCCUUCUCUGGGUGGAAAUAGGCAUCUCCUGCCUAGCUGGCAUGGCUGUUCUGGUUAUUCUUCUGCCUCUGCAAAGCUGUAUUGGGAAGCUGUUCUCGUCACUGCGGAGUAAGACUGCAGCUUUCACGGACGCCAGGAUCAGGACCAUGAAUGAAGUCAUCACGGGCAUGAGAAUCAUAAAGAUGUAUGCAUGGGAGACGUCGUUUGCUGACCUCAUUACCAGUCUGAGGAGGAAGGAAAUUUCCAAGAUUCUGGGAAGCUCCUACCUCAGAGGGAUGAACAUGGCAUCGUUUUUCAUCGCAAACAAAGUCAUCCUGUUUGUGACCUUCACGACCUACGUGUUGCUGGGCAAUCAGAUCACCGCUAGCCACGUGUUUGUGGCGAUGACCCUGUAUGGGGCUGUACGGCUGACGGUCACCCUCUUCUUCCCCUCAGCCAUUGAGAAAGUGUCAGAGACAGUGAUCAGCAUUCGCAGGAUCAAGAAUUUUCUGUUGCUCGAUGAACUGCCACAGCACAAAGCCCAGGAGUCCUGCGAUGGUAAAGCCAUAGUGCACGUACAAGAUUUCACGGCUUUCUGGGACAAGGCAUUAGACACUCCAACCCUGCAAGGCCUUUCCUUUACUGCCAGGCCUGGUGAAUUGUUAGCUGUGGUCGGCCCAGUGGGAGCAGGCAAGUCCUCGCUGCUGAGUGCAGUGUUGGGUGAACUGCCUCCGGCCAGUGGGCUCGUCAGUGUGCAGGGGAAAAUCGCCUAUGUUUCUCAGCAGCCCUGGGUCUUCUCGGGAACCGUGAGGAGCAACAUUUUAUUUGGGAAGAAAUAUGAGAAGGAACGCUACGAGAGAGUGGUCAAGGCCUGUGCUUUGAAAAAGGACUUACAGCUCUUGGAGGAUGGGGAUCUGACUGUGAUAGGAGACCGGGGAGCCACGCUCAGCGGAGGGCAGAAGGCGCGGGUGAACUUGGCAAGGGCAGUCUACCAAGAUGCCGACAUCUACCUCCUUGAUGAUCCGCUGAGCGCUGUCGAUGCAGAAGUGGGAAAGCAUCUGUUCCAGCUGUGCAUCUGCCAGACCCUGCAUGAGAAGGUCACCAUUUUAGUGACGCACCAGCUGCAGUACCUGAAAGCUGCCAGCCACAUCCUGAUAUUGAAAGAUGGUCAGGUGGUACAGAAGGGGACUUACACGGAGUUUCUGAAAUCUGGCGUCGACUUUGGCUCCCUCCUAAAGAAGGAGAACGAGGAAGCGGAACACUCCUCAGCUUCAGGAACUCCAACACUCAGGAAACGGACUUUCUCCGAGUCCUCCAUCUGGUCCCAGCAGUCGUCCAGGCCCUCUUUGAAAGAUGGGGCUCCAGAGGGCCAAGAUGCGGAAGAUACCCAGGCAGUGCAGCCGGAGGAGAGCCGUUCCGAAGGCAAGGUUGGCUUCAAGGCCUACAAGAAUUACUUCGCUGCUGGCGCAUCUUGGGUUUUCAUCAUUUUCCUUAUCCUGCUGAACGUGGCAGCUCAGGUUUUCUAUGUCCUUCAGGACUGGUGGCUUUCCUACUGGGCGAACAAACAAGGCACUCUGAAUAACACGGAAAAUACUAACGGAAAUGUAACCGAGACCCUAGAUCUUAACUGGUACUUAGGAAUUUACUCAGGCCUAACGGCCAUUACCGUCCUCUUCGGCAUCGCAAGAUCCCUGCUGGUGUUCUAUGUCCUUGUGAAAGCUUCCCAGACGUUGCACAACAGGAUGUUUCAGUCAAUCCUGAAAGCUCCAGUCUUAUUCUUCGACAGAAAUCCGAUAGGAAGAAUUUUAAAUCGUUUCUCCAAAGACAUUGGACACAUGGACGACUUGCUUCCCUUAACGUUUCUAGACUUCAUCCAGACCCUGUUACUCGUAGUAAGUGUGAUAUCAGUAGCGGCUGCAGUGAUCCCCUGGAUUAUAAUACCCUUGCUCCCGCUCGCCAUCAUCUUCUUGGUUCUUCGGAGGUAUUUCUUAGAAACGUCGAGGGAUGUCAAGCGCCUCGAGUCCACAACACGGAGCCCUGUGUUUUCCCACCUGUCCUCUUCCCUCCAGGGGCUCUGGACCAUACGGGCCUACAGAGCCGAGGACAGGUUCCAGGAGCUGUUUGACGCACACCAAGACUUGCAUUCAGAGGCUUGGUUCUUGUUUUUGACGACAUCGAGAUGGUUUGCCGUGCGUCUGGAUGCCAUCUGUGCUGUUUUUGUCAUCGUCGUUGCCUUUGGGUCCCUGAUCCUGGCAAAAACAUUGGAUGCUGGACAAGUUGGCUUGGCCUUAUCCUAUGCCCUCACGCUCAUGGGGAUGUUCCAGUGGUCUGUGCGCCAGAGUGCCGAAGUGGAGAAUAUGAUGAUUUCUGUGGAGAGGGUGAUUGAGUACACAGACCUAGAAAAGGAAGCUCCUUGGGAGUACCAGAAGCGCCCGCCCCCAGACUGGCCCCAGGAAGGGACGAUUGUGUUUGACAACAUGAACUUCACCUACAGCUUAGAUGGACCCCUGGUACUCAAGCACCUGACGGCACUCAUCAAAUCCAGAGAGAAGGUUGGAAUCGUGGGGAGGACAGGCGCUGGAAAAAGUUCCCUCAUCUCAGCCCUCUUCAGACUGUCAGAGCCUGAAGGGAAAAUCUGGAUUGACAAGAUCUUGACAACUGAGAUUGGACUUCAUGAUUUAAGGAAGAAAAUGUCAAUCAUACCUCAGGAACCUGUCCUGUUCACUGGAACAAUGCGGAAAAACCUGGACCCCUUCAAUGAGCACACGGAUGAGGAGCUGUGGAACGCCUUGGAGGAGGUACAACUUAAAGAGGCCAUUGAAGAACUCCCUGGUAAAAUGGAUACCGAGUUAGCAGAAUCCGGAUCCAAUUUUAGUGUUGGGCAGAGACAACUGGUGUGCCUUGCGAGGGCGAUUCUAAAGAAAAAUCGGAUACUGAUCAUUGAUGAGGCAACAGCAAACGUGGAUCCCAGAACUGAUGAGUUAAUACAACAGAAGAUCCGGGAGAAGUUUGCCCAGUGUACCGUGCUCACCAUUGCUCACAGGCUCAACACCAUCAUUGAUAGCGACAAGAUAAUGGUUUUGGACUCAGGAAGACUGAAAGAAUAUGAUGAACCAUAUGUUUUGCUACAGAACCCAGAGAGCCUCUUUUACAAGAUGGUUCAGCAGCUGGGCAAGGCCGAAGCCGCUGCCCUCACCGAAACAGCAAAACAGGUGUACUUCAGAAGGAAUUACCCAGACAUAGCAUUCACCAGCCCUGUGGUUACGGACACGUCCAAUGGACAGCCCUCAGCCUUAACAAUUUUUGAAACAGCCUUGUGACUGCCAAGACACGGAGCCUGCCCCGGAGGCGUCCUGCGUCCCCCGAAGGGAGUUGCACUUUGU